AUAUUAGUCACAUUCUUCCCCAGAUCUAACUGCUAUUCCUCCUAUUUUGAUCGGAUUAAAUUCAAGUGAACGUUACUUACCAUGGGCAUGCUUAAAGAUCCAAGUGUUAAAUACAGGGCUUUCCCACCUAUCAACUUACCCAAUCGUACCUGGCCAUCAAAGGUUUUAAACAAACCUCCCAGGUGGUUAUCCACUGAUUUAAGAGAUGGUAACCAAUCUUUACCUGAUCCAAUGUCAGUGGAAGAGAAAAAGGUAUACUUCAAGAAACUUGUGGAAAUUGGUUUUAAGGAGAUUGAAGUUGCGUUUCCAUCUGCUUCCCAACCUGAUUUUGAUUUCACCAGAUGGACUAUAGAAAAUUGUCCCGACGAUGUCAGUAUUCAAGUUUUGAGUCCAUGCAGAGAAGAUUUGAUUCACAGGACAAUUGAAGCUUUACAGGGUGCUAAGAAUGCUACGGUUCAUAUUUACUUGGCUACCUCAGACUGCUUUAGAAGAGUUGUAUAUAACAAAUCCCAUGAAGAAUUGGUUGAAUUGGCAGUCAAAUGUACCAAAUUGGUUAGGUCAUUAACCAAAGAGAAACAGUCCGAAACCAAUUGGAACUUUGAAUUUAGCCCCGAAUUCUUUAGUGAUUCUAAGUUAGAGAAUACGGUACACAUUUGUGAUGAGGUUAGAAAAGCUUGGGAGCCUACUUUGGAUUUCCCAAUUAUCUUCAACCUACCUGCCACUGUUGAGAUGACCACUCCUAACGUGUAUGCUGAUCAGAUUGAAUACUUCUCGACCCACAUUGGUGACAGAGAAAAAGUUUGUAUCUCUUUACAUCCCCAUAAUGAUAGAGGAUGUGCUGUUGCCGCUGCUGAAUUGGGCCAAUUAGCUGGUGCUGAUAGAGUUGAAGGGUGUCUUUUUGGAAAUGGUGAAAGAACUGGGAAUGUUGACUUGGUGACAUUGGCUUUAAACUUAUAUACCCAAGGUUAUUCCCCUAAAUUAGACUUCUCAGAUAUCACAUCUGUGAUUGAUAUUGUCGAAAGAUGCAAUAAAAUUCCAGUACACCCUAGAGCUCCUUAUGGAGGCUCUUUGGUUGUAUGUGCAUUCAGUGGAUCCCAUCAAGAUGCAAUCAAAAAAGGCUUUGUUUCUCAUGAAAAUCAAUUGCAUUCAGGUGCUACCAACUUGAAAUGGGAAGUGCCAUAUUUGCCAUUAGAUCCUCAAGAUAUUGGAAGAACUUAUGAGGCUAUCAUUAGGGUUAAUUCUCAAAGUGGUAAAGGAGGCUCUGCAUGGGUUAUCUUGAGAAAUUUGGAUUUGGAUUUGCCAAGAGGCUUGCAAGUAGACUUUUCCAGAGUAGUGCAAUCCAGUGCUGAAAGGAAAGGCAGUGAGUUGUCCAAUAGAGAAUUGUGUGACUUAUUCAAGAAGAAUUAUUGUAUUUUAUACCAAAAUGAUGAUAAUGAAGCAGAAAUUGACUAUCACUACAAGUUAAUUGAUUAUUCCUUAUCUUCAUCUUCUAAAAAUCAAAGAUCAAUAAGUGUUGACCUAGAAGUAGGUGGUUGUAAGCAGACAAUCGUCGGAAGCGGUAAUGGUCCGAUUUCUGCUUUCAUCAAUGCCAUCAAGAAUGAUUUGAACAUUAAUUUAGACGUUAAGCACUAUCACGAACACUCAUUGGGUCAUGAUUCUAAUUCCAAAGCUGCUACCUACAUUGAAGUUACAGUAGAUGGAAAUGAAACUAUUUGGGGUGUUGGGGUGAACGAGGAUGUCUCGUUUGCCUCUUUCUUAUCCUUGAUAGCUAUCUUGAAUGGUUUGAAGCAACCUGCUACUAUUUGAUUGUAACGGUUAUAAUCCACUUAUUUAUUUAUUGAAUACAAAAUUCUAUGCAAAAGUCCCAUUCCAAGAAAUUGGAGGCGUAACAUCAUGAAUAAGAUCAGAAACUUCUUUAACAAGUAGGGGCCAGACUACAACAUAAGCAUUGAAUAUUGCUAUAAAAGCAACAGCUGUGGGGAUAUCCCUUUUAAAUUCUUAAGUAGAGAAUGCCCUUUGAAAAGACCUUUUGUGUCCUCCUGUUCCAACUGAAAUGUCGCUAAACUGUCUGGUGCC